AUUGGUUUCUUUUUCUUCUCUUCAAAUACACAUAUUUUUCCACCCUCUUUUCUUGUAUUUUACACCACUCUCAUUAUAUCACAUAUCCGCCCAGAGGCGCCAUUAUCUAUACAUACAAUGGGGCAGGCCUACUCGCGGUGGAAUGCACCCGGUAGCAAUGGCAAUGACGACCGCCCGAAUCGCCGAUUAGUGCGGGAUUACACCUCACGGGCAAACACCCCGGCGCGCGCGCAGUCGUCGAGUGUGCGAGGCACGGCCGCACGGCCGCAGCAGCACCAGCAGAGAGCGACCCGGUACUCACCGUACACAACAACCCCAGCAAGGACUACACAAGCGACGGAAUCGAACAAUGCACCCGCGGAUACUUCUCCAGCAUCAGGGCCAGCAGCACCCCACUCGGCAGCGGGGGCAUCGCCGACGACCCCGAAUGCCGGUCGGCGAGAGGGGAUUCGGCGAAACGAGCUCCUGGCGCGGGUCAUCGGCGGCUCGGUGGUGAACUCGAUAUCCCAGGAGAUUGAGCGGCGGCGGCUGGUGCGCGACACUGCCAUCGCCAACCGCGGAAUGCUGGACUCGCUUUUGGCGCUGCACUCGGAAGUGCGCCAGCGGCUGCCCGGCUACAACAUGGACACCAGGGGGCGGAUUGGCCUGACGUACCACAUCUCGCUAUUUAUUCUGGCCAUGCUCGAGACCUAUGCGUCGGGCGUGACCCAGCGACAACAGCACCAGGAGGAAAGCCAGUCGCCGCAGGCAGCCAGUCAGCAGGAUAUAGCGGCGGCGGGUGACGGCGAUGUCGAGAUGGCUGCGGCCAGUCCCGCCUCUGCUCCUGCUGCUGCUGAUGAUGGCAGUCAGGAGACUUCCAAUGCGUCUGGAACCUCGGCUGGUGCGGCAGAUGAUGCCGCUGAUGGCAGUGAGUCUGGGUCAUCGCCAGCGUCGUCAUCAUCUGGCCUGAUAUUCCGCAUGUUCUUGAUGCCAGGCGCCAUUGAACAGGCGCUGCUGCAGUACGACCGCCUGAGCAUCUCGCAUAAUCCCGAGUUUCAGCCCAUGUUUUCGCUGAAUACGGCUCCGUCGGUCCCACAGGCGGCGGCAGCAGCAGCAGCAGCAACAGCAGCAACAGCAGGGACAGCAGCAGCCGAGACCCCGGAAGGCACUGCACAGGUGCCAUCUGACCAGUCGGCAGCUACCGACAAUGCACAGCAGCAACCUGUGCGCCCUCUUUCGCUGGACGAGCGGCGCCGGAAUAGCGUCCGCCACGAGCGGGACGAGAGGCUGUGGCGGCUACGUCAAAUUGCACGGGCCAUGCAUGACGAGCGCCGUGACAUUGAGGUACCAAUUGCUGUCCUGGGCCUGCAGAUGAGCCACGAUAUGCUCAGCCGCCUGGCACAGGCGGAGAAUGCAGAGCCUUCUUCAUUUGCCAGUCCCGAUACUACGACAACAACGGCCGCCACCACUUCCUCGUCGAGCAGCAACAACAGCACCGCCAGCGGAGCACAUACUCCCGACAUGAGCGAGUCGCUUGAGCGGCAUAUCCAGGCCACAGAGAACGCCUUGUCGAGCAGGCUGACGCGUGACUUGGCUAACGCGGGGCCACAGGCUGCAGGGCCGGAGCAGCCGGCGGUGCCCAGGCUGCAAUCAGUUAUGGAGAGCUUGCGCCAGCGGCUCACUUCGCUGGUCCCGAACUUUGUCGGCCAUCUGCGCGGGGGCACGGUGCAGGCGGGCCAGGAAACACCCGAUGGUGCCGGUCCGGGCUCAGCAGGCACAGCCCCAGCCAGCGCUGCAGACACCGCCCCGGCAUCGCCUGGAGAUGGGGCGCCAAACAACGCUGGCCUCUCGAUAUAUGUGACCAUUCAGGAUAUGACGCUGGGCAACCCGCUGCUGUUGACCAUGGUGACAUACGAGCUGUUUCCCGAGCUGCUGCAGGACGACAUGAGUUCGACGGACCUGCAGAUGAAUUUGUCGGGCGGCAACUACGAGCUGUUCAUGGAGAUUGCGAAUAUCAUCGGCGAGGUGUCGUCGAACACGGUGAGCCAGGAGGCGGUUGACAAGACGCUGGCCAGAUACCGCCUCGAGACGCGGGGCACGGCGGAGGACGCUGAGUUGUCGGUUGCCAAGCUCAUUGUUGGCGAGGACGACCAGGAAGAAAGCCAUGUGGACACUGGCAGUAUGCCGGCUGUCGUGCAUCUGGUGUCGGCUGAGCGGUGCCCCGUGUGCCUGGAGGACUUUGAGGUCGGCGACAUACUGCGUGUGCUAAAGUGCCACCAUGGGCUGCACCUGGUGUGCGGCGACUCGUGGUUCACCCAGGGCGCCAACAGAUGUCCGAUUUGCAGGUCGGAGGCAGUACCCAUUGAGCGUGGCAAGUAGACUACACAUGUGCAGAUAAAUACAUUGGUGGGUAGUAACAUAAAAACAUUUAGGCGAGAAAUUGAACAAGCAUUGGCAGCGGCCAACAGCUGCGCCCACAUCCAUUUUGUGUGCUCGGGGCUCCUGCCCCCUCCUGGCCACGCU